AUGUCACUCACCCCCGAGCAGCUUGAGCAGUGGGAGCGCGACGGAUACCUCGCGCUGCCCGACUUCCUCUCGCAGGAUGAGGUGCAGAAGCUCCUAGGACGGACACACGAGCUGCUCGAUGCCUUCGACCCGGCCUCGCACCCGCUCACCGCGUUUAAGACCGGACGGCAAGAUGGCGAGCAUGUCGGGGACGACUACUUCCUAACCAGCGGUGACAAGAUCCGCUACUUCCUCGAACCUUCAGCCCUGUCCGAGGCGAAGGACGGCGAGCCGCCAAAACUCCUCUACCCGCCCGCGCGAUCAAUCAACAAGAUCGGACACGGUCUCCUCGCCGACCCUGUGUUCCGCGAGGUCACGACAAGCGACAAGGUGAAGGACGUCGCGAGGAGUCUGGAGGGUAACAUCAAGGACCCGCGCGUGCUCCAGACCAUGAUUAUCUGCAAACAACCCCGGAUCGGGGGUGUCGUUCCUUGCCACAACGACUCGACAUUCUUGUACACUGACCCGCCGAGCGCGAUCGGAUGCUGGAUCGCGCUCGAGGACUGCACGCCAGAGAACGGCUGUCUUGCGAAGGUACACUCGCGCUUCGUCCGCUCCCCCAACGGAGGGACCGAGUUUGAGCCCGUCCCCGGCGUCGAGAAGGGAGAAGAAGACUGGGACAAGAUGGACGGAUGGAAGGAGGUGCCCGUCAAGGCGGGUACGGCGGUGUUGAUCCAUGGCUCCGUCAUGCACCGUUCACCGCCGAAUCCGAGCGAGAAGACACGCAUGAUCUACACGUUCCAUAUGAUUGAUGGUGCUGAGGGGAUCAAGUAUGACGAGAAGAACUGGCUGCAGCCGGGACCGGAGGGAUUCCACGCACUGCUGGCUUAG